UGAUUUGCGCAAUUUAUAAUGGCGGGAUGGAAGUUGUUUUAUGCAUGUGACAAGAUUUGCAGGUAGAAGUACUUGGGAACAUACGCUUCGAUUAACAAACAACGCUAAUUGCUUUCAUUCAAAGAUGCCUCCGACAAUAAAAGUAAACGAUGCUUUUAUCGAUUCCAGAGAUGUCGCGGAAGAGAUAGAAGCUACGCUGAAGAAGAGAAUAAUGAUUCUUGAUGGUGGAAUGGGAACGAUGAUACAAAGUUAUCAUUUCGAAGAAGAAGAUUUUAGAGGAGAAGAAUUUAAAAAUCACUCGCACAACUUGAAGGGGAACAACGACUUUCUCAGUUUAACAAAGCCACAUAUUAUUGAGGAGAUUCACAAGGGUUACCUGGAAGCUGGAUCAGAUUUUAUUGAAACCAACACAUUCAGUGGAACCAGCAUUGCACAGGCAGACUAUGGAACAGAAAACUUGGUUUACAGGUUAAACAAGACAUCAGCUGAAAUUGCCAAGAAGGCAGCAAGGGAAGUUGCAGAGGCCACAGGUGUGAAAAGAUAUGUUGCUGGUGCAAUGGGCCCAACAAACAGAACACUGUCAAUCUCACCCAGUGUGGAAAAUCCAGGAUACAGAAAUAUCACAUUUGAUCAAUUGGUUGAGGCGUAUGCUGAACAAGCCAGAGGACUUUUAGAUGGUGGUUCUGAUGUCCUUAUGGUGGAAACAAUUUUUGACACUGCAAAUGCAAAGGCUGCAUUGUUUGCAAUUGAACAACUCUUUGAAAAAGAAUACAAGCCUGUCCCAAUAUUUGUGUCUGGUACUAUUGUCGACAAGAGUGGUAGAACACUCUCAGGUCAAACAACUGAUGCUUUUGUUAUCAGUGUUUCUCAUUCCAAGCCCCUGAGCAUUGGACUUAAUUGUGCUUUGGGUGCAGCAGAAAUGAGGCCAUUUAUAGAAGCUGUUGGACUGUGUACAACAACAUACGUCCUCUGUUAUCCUAAUGCAGGUCUUCCAAAUACCUUUGGAGGUUAUGAUGAAACACCAGAGAUGACUGCAGAACAGUUAAAGAAUUUUGCAAAAGAUGGACUUGUGAAUCUCGUUGGUGGCUGCUGUGGAACUACUCCUGCUCACAUUAAAGCAAUAGCAGAAGCAGUCAAACCAUACAAACCAAGACCAAUACCAGAAGAUCCAUAUGCCAAUGCAAUGAACCUUUCAGGUCUCGAGCCAGGUCGAAUCACACCAGACACUUUGUUCGUGAACAUUGGUGAACGUUGCAAUGUGGCUGGGUCCAGAAGAUUUUGUAGGCUGAUUAAGGAUGGAAAAUUUGAGGAAGCUCUUGCUGUUGCCAAACUUCAAGUGGAAAAUGGUGCACAGAUUUUAGAUAUCAACAUGGAUGAAGGCAUGUUAGAUGGAGUGGCAUGCAUGGCAAAGUUUGUCAACUUGAUUUCCUCAGAACCUGAAAUUGCCAAGGUUCCUCUUUGUAUUGAUUCAUCCAACUUUGCUGUGAUAGAAGCUGGGCUGAAAUGUACACAAGGAAAAUGCAUCGUCAACAGCAUCAGUCUGAAGAGUGGAGAGCAAGACUUCUUAGAGAAAGCCAAGAUCAUUAAACGUUACGGUGCAGCUGUGGUGGUUAUGGCAUUUGACGAGGAAGGACAAGCAGCAGAGUUAGAAGACAAAAUAAGAAUCUGUACACGCUCAUACAAUCUGCUGGUCUCCAAAGUGAACUUCAACCCUAAUGACAUCAUCUUUGACCCAAACAUCCUCACAGUUGCAACAGGAAUGGAGGAACAUAACAACUAUGGAAAAUACUUCAUUGAAGCUACAAGGGCUAUCAAGCAAACUCUUCCUGGUGCCCGAGUUAGUGGAGGUCUUUCCAACUUUUCUUUCUCAUUCCGUGGAAUGGAAACAAUAAGAGAGGCUAUGCACAGCGUUUUCUUGUACCAUGCUAUUAAGGCUGGAUUAGAUAUGGCCAUUGUUAAUGCUGGUAAUCUUCCAGUGUACGAUGACAUUGAACCCAAACUACUGCAAUUGUGUGAGGAUCUGCUGUGGAACAAGGAUCCAAAUUGUACAGAAAAACUGCUGCAGUACGCACAAGGAUUGGGAAAAGGGGCAAAGAAGCAGGUGGUCACGGAUGAGUGGAGAAAUGGAAAUGUUGACGAGAGACUGGAGUAUGCCUUAGUGAAGGUGAUCAAAUCUGCUCGUGUUAUGAAGAAAGCUGUAGGCCAUCUGAUACCAUUCAUGGAAAAAGAGCGUGAGGAAAGAUUGGCUGAGAUGGGAGUUGGAGCCGACGAUGACCUUUCGAGCCGUUACAAUGGAACUAUUGUCAUCGCAACCGUCAAAGGAGACGUGCAUGAUAUCGGCAAGAACAUUGUGGGGGUUGUGUUGGGAUGCAAUAACUACAGGGUUAUUGAUCUGGGCGUGAUGACACCGUGCGAGAAGAUUCUACAAACAGCAAUAGCAGAAAAAGCGGACAUCAUUGGUUUAUCAGGGCUGAUAACUCCAUCACUGGACGAGAUGAUACAUGUUGCUAGAGAAAUGGAAAGACAAGGUCUCAAGAUCCCGCUGCUUAUUGGAGGAGCGACAACUUCAAAGACUCACACAGCUGUGAAGAUCGCUCCACGUUACACCGAACCAACUAUACACGUGUUAGACGCUUCGAAGAGUGUUGUCGUGUGCUCGGCUUUGAUAGAUGAGGCAUCCAAAGAGGACUUUGUGGAAGAAAUAAAAGAAGAGUACGAAGAAGUUAGAGAUGAACAUUACGAUUCUUUAAAGGAUCGAAAGUACUUAUCUCUGGAGAAAGCUCGAUUAAAGAAAGCUAAUUUGGACUGGGUUGACUUCACUCCAGUUCGUCCUUCGUUCUUGGGUGUCAAGGUGAUAGAUGACUGCGAGUUAACUGACUUGAUUCCAUACAUUGACUGGAAACCCUUCUUUGAUGUGUGGCAACUCAGAGGAAAAUAUCCCAACAGGGGGUACCCUAAGAUCUUCCAGGAUAAAACUGUGGGUGACGAGGCCAAGAAGUUGUUUGAUGAUGCUGAAAACAUGUUAAAGAAGGUCACUGAAACCAAAUCACUGCAAGCGACUGGAGUAGUGGCUUUCUUCCCGGCUAACAGUGUGGGUGAUGAUAUCCACGUGUUUGAUGACGAUAAUGCCCGAAAAGGCUCACCACGAGCCGUGUUCUAUGGCUUAAGGCAACAGGCCGAAAAGGAGCAUGGUGUUGAGGACCCGUACUAUUGCCUGUCAGACUUAGUAGCGCCGCUGGACACAAAUGUCAAGGACUACAUUGGCUGCUUCGCUGUGUCUGUGAUGGGGGCUGAGGAUAUGGCUAAAAAAUUUGAAGAAGAUCUCGAUGAUUACAGUGUUAUUAUGGUGAAGGCGCUUGCUGACCGCUUAGCUGAGGCUUUUGCUGAGGAGCUUCAUGAACGCGUUCGCAAGGACUUGUGGGGUUAUUGCAGCGAUGAGAUACUAGAUGCUAAAGACUUGCACAGAAUCAAGUACCAGGGUAUUCGCCCAGCCCCAGGUUACCCGAGUCAGCCGGACCACACUGAGAAGUGGACCAUGUGGGAAUUAAUGAACUGCGAGAAAUUAACUGGAAUCAGGCUCACAGAAUCGCUUGCAAUGGAUCCUGCUGCUUCAGUGUCUGCAGUAUUUUUUGCUCAUCCCAAAGCUGUUUACUUCUCGGUGGGAAAAAUCUGCGAAGAUCAGGUAACCGAUUAUGCCGAGCGAAAAGGAAUGCCUGUGGAAGAAAUCGAAAAAUGGCUCUCACCGAUUCUAUCCUACGACAGAGAUUGAACCAGCAGAGGAUUAAAUAUUUUAUAUACAGAUAGCAAUGUCCUUCGGGAACUCGCUUCCUUCUCAAUACCAAAAUAUGAGCCGUCCUUCCCAAUCACGUGAUUUUUGUGGCAUUCACGUGCUCUUUCCACAGGUGCACGUGCUGAUGCUGAUUGGUCAGGUGCUGGGCUCGUGUCCAUCGUUGACAUGAAACAAAUGCGUAAAGGACGAGUUUCUUUAGAAACAACAGUUGAUUUUAACAUUGUGCUGACAAACCAAUCAAGAUGUCAAGAGAAGAUCAUUUUAAAUACGUCAAUCUUAUUAUGGCAAGGGCACGACGUUUUAAAGAUAUUUAUGACUUGGAUUCUGAAAUGUAUCGUCCACCAUAUCUAAACAUUUACCACAAACCGUCAUACGAAGAGUAUAUUGAAAACAAAAGUAUACGUUACCUUAAAUGGAGUAACUGCUCUGUAAAGCCCUUUGAAGGCUUAUUUAUUUUAAAAAUGUUUGAGUAGAAGAUUAAAAGAGAGGGGGAGGGGUGGGGAGACCCUUAAUUAGCAAAACGCUAGGAGUUUAUCAAUUUGUAUCUCAUUUAUUUGUACAUUACAUUGGAUCAACGUGAUUAUUGAUUACGAUUCUUUUUGAGUGUUAACUAUAACUCGAGUUGUAAACAACAACAGCAAACUAAUAAUAGAUGACCCCAACACAUUCCGUCAUUCCCACACCUGAAAAGGAAAUGUAUAUUAGCAAUAAAUCUAUCGACAAAAGA